AUGGCGCCAAAAAGCCUCCUCAGGUACAUCUACCGCCACCACGCCCCGCCGCAAAAAAACCCCACAACCAACACCACCGCCGCCGCCCCGCAAACACCCCACCUCUCUAAACCCAACACUCCAGCCCCAAUCCCAGAGUCCUUCACGCCCACCCCCUCAAAAACAAUCGAGCCCACAAUCCUCGAAGACAUCGCCGAAGAAGACCAAACCCCCACCUGCACCCCCUCUCCCACCCCCCCUCCGCCAACCUUCCUAUCCGAAACCCUCACAGCCCUCAACAUCCCCCCCACCACCUCACUCACCACGCGCGACCUCCUGCACACGACGCUGCACGAGGCCAAAGCGGCGAUUGCAACGCAUCUCGAGACGCUGGAUGACGCGCUUGUGCUGCUUAGUGCGCUGCGGGCGUCGGGGUCGGUGAUUGGGAUGUGGGAGGGGGAGAUGCGGGAGCGGAGACGGGUUUGUGUGGAGAGGAGGGGGGUUUUGGAGGAGGUUGAGAGGGUUUUUGGGGGGGGAGGGGUGGGGGGGUGA